GAGCUGUGCCUACGUCGGCCUCGACUCCCGGGGGCUGGAGGAGUUACCUUUGGAGCCCGAAAGGAGGAAGGAAGCAAAAUAUCAACAACGCCGAGGCGUCUCGGGCGCUCGGCCCCGGUCCCCCCUGCCCGCCGCGCGCCUGCCCGCCCCCGCGCCCACGGCGGGGGCCCAGGCCCCCCGGCGCCGCCCAGGGCCCGCGCGGACGCCGGCCUCAUUUGUUAUUCCCCCCCGUCCGGAGCUGCGGCUGCCCGGUGUUGAAGAUCCCCCGGACCGGGGGCGAGGGCCACCCCUCCCAGCCGUGACACCCCCUUCCCCCAGCGGGGCCGGACGCUGUGCAGAAGGUGUCCUGCAGACCAUGAACUGAGCCCUGGUUCCAGGCUGUUCAUGAGCACAGUGUGAGGCGUGCCGAGACCUGCUACCCAGCAAUCCCCUCCCCUCCCUAGCACUGAGGAUCCCCAGAGAAGAUGGGGAGGAAAAAGAUUCAGAUCCAGCGAAUCACUGAUGAGCGGAACCGACAGGUGACAUUCACCAAGCGCAAGUUCGGACUGAUGAAGAAGGCGUACGAGCUGAGCGUGCUCUGUGACUGUGAGAUCGCGCUCAUCAUCUUCAACCACUCCAACAAGCUGUUCCAGUAUGCCAGCACCGACAUGGACAAGGUGCUGCUCAAGUACACGGAGUACAACGAGCCGCAUGAGAGCCGCACCAACGCCGACAUCAUCGAGACCCUGAGGAAGAAGGGCUUCAACGGCUGUGACAGCCCGGAGCCCGACGGGGAGGACUCGCUGGAGCAGAGCCCCCUGCUGGAGGACAAGUACCGGCGCGCCAGCGAGGAGCUGGACGGGCUCUUCCGGCGCUACGGGUCAGCGGUGCCGGCCCCCAACUUUGCCAUGCCCGUCACGGUGCCCGUGUCCAGUCAGAGCUCACUGCAGUUCAGCAAUCCCAGCGGCUCUCUGGUCACCCCUUCCCUGGUGACAUCAUCCCUCACGGACCCGCGGCUCCUGUCCCCCCAGCAGCCAGCACUGCAGAGGAACAGCGUGUCUCCGGGCCUGCCCCAGCGGCCGGCCAGCGCAGGGGCCAUGCUGGGGGGAGACCUCAACAGUGCUAAUGGAGCCUGCCCCAGCCCUGUCGGAAAUGGCUACGUCAGUGCCCGGGCUUCCCCUGGUCUCCUCCCUGUGACCAACGGCAACAGUCUCAACAAGGGCAUCCCUGCCAAGUCUCCGCCCCCGCCCACCCACAGCGCCCAGCUUGGAGCCCCCAGCCGCAAGCCCGACCUGAGGGUCAUCACUUCCCAGGGAGGAAAGGGGUUGAUGCAUCACUUGAACAAUGCCCAGCGCCUUGGGGCCUCCCAGUCUACCCACUCACUCACCACGCCAGUGGUUUCCGUGGCAACACCGAGUUUACUCAGCCAGGGCCUCCCCUUCUCCUCCAUGCCCACUGCCUACAACACAGAUUACCAGCUGAGCAGUGCCGAGCUCUCCUCCCUCCCAACCUUCAGCUCGCCCGGGGGGCUGUCGCUAGGCAGUGUCACCGCCUGGCCUCAGCCCGCGCAGCCGCCCCAGCCCCAGCCGCCCCAGCCGCCCCAGCCGCCCCAGCCGCCGCCCCAGCCGCCCCAGCCGCCCCAGCAGCCGCCCCAGCCGCAGCCCCAUCUGGUCCCCGUGUCUCUCAGCAGCCUGAUCCCGGGCAGCCCUCUGCCCCACGUGGGGGCCGCCCUCACAGUCACCACCCACCCCCACAUCAGCAUCAAGUCGGAGCCGGUGUCCCCUAGCCGCGAGCGCAGCCCCGCGCCGCCCCCUCCAGCUGUGUUCCCGGCGGCCGCCCGCCCGGAGCCUGGCGACGGCCUCAGCAGCCCGGCCAGCAGCUCCUACGAGACCGGGGACCGGGACGACGGACGGGGGGACUUCGGGCCCACGCUGGGCCUGCUGCGCCCAGCCCAGGAGCCCGAGGCUGAGGGCCCCGCUGUGAAGAGGAUGCGGCUCGACACCUGGACAUUAAAGUGACGAUUCCCAGCCCCCUCCUCAGCCUCCCUGACGAAGAGUUGACAAUCUCACCGCCCACCCCUCCCGGCCCUGGGCUCCUCCCGCUCGACCCCCACUUCCUUUUGUGCUCCGUGUCCUGUUGACGGUUACAUUUGUGUAUAAUUAUUAUAUUAUUAUUAUUAUUAUUAUUAUAUUUUUUUUAAUUUGGAUUCUCGCUUUGGAGAGGAGGAUGCUCCUGUCCCCUCUUUCUGCACCGCCCCCCGCCAUUUUACUGGCGGGGGGGGGCUGUUUUUUGCGGGAAGGGGGGACACUUUGCACGUUGUACACAUAUGCUGCAGGAGGGGGUGGGGAGCCCGAUAGGCCUUUGGGACAGGACAGGUGCCGAGCCCUGCAUGCGGAGCCCUCCCACCCCAUCCCCCAGAUAGAGGGAGAUAACCAAAAAACCUACCAAACUACAAAAUCCCUUAUAAUAGACUGAAACCCCAAAGUCGGCCUGAUGGGUGGGUUUGUGUUUCAGGGGGCAAGAGAGCCCAGGUUCUGAAAAGAGUUUCUGUGUCUGGGCUAUUCCCGUGGCCACAGGCACAUGGGGUGAAAUGCCCAAGCCUGGCCCCCCAGUGCCCCUGCACACACACGACACUCUCACGGAUUCAUGUGUGAGCUGCACCCCCAAGGUGUGGGGGUGCCGGCCGAGCCUCUGGGCUGGGAAGGCUGCCUGGGAUUCGGAGGCUGGGGGCAGGGUUUGAGGUGGGGGCCCCUCGGAAGCACAUUUGGAAAGACGGAGAGCCAUGAGGA